AUGCUGACGUCAGCAGCUGACGACUUGUCGUCGGGAUAUCGGGAGGUAAGGGCGGAGCUGGGCGAAGCCUUUCGGAGUGGGGCAACACGCUCGCUUCGUUGGCGUGCAGCGCAGCUGGAAGCCCUGAAGCAGGCGCUAGUGGAACAGGAGCGCGCAAUCAUCGCGGCAUUAGCUGAUGAUCUCGGGAAGAGUGCUGAAGAGAGUCAGCUUACCGAGCUACAACCCGCACUCCAGGAACUAGCGUUGGCGCUGGGGAACCUGAAGCUCUGGGCUGGGCCCCGCACGGUAGAACCCUGCUUAGCACCCAAGUAUCUGGCGCCGUGGUUCUGGUUGCAACGUGUUUGGCGCGCGGUGCUUCCUCGAGUACUGGGCGGUGGCAACCCGCCGGUGGCAAGUUACGGCGGCGUAGCACUGGCGACGAUACUGGAGCGUCGCUGGGUCGUUCCUGAACCACUGGGCGUGGUGCUGAUCAUCACAGCCUGGAACUAUCCUCUACUGCUUGCGAUUUGGCAUAUGACAAGUGCUAUCGCCGCUGGGAACUGUGUCGUCUUGAAACCAAGUGAACGUGCUCCUGCAACAGCAAAACUGCUGGCAGAGCUGGUGCGCACCUAUCUCGAUGCUCGCUGCAUCCGAGUCGUGCUGGGCGAUGCCAGCACUGUUCGGCGUCUGCUUCAUCUGGAUACCGAGUGUCCGGCGGAUGUUGCGUUCCGCGUUUGGGCACAGCAGCGCCCUUUUGAUGCGGUGCAUUUCACGGGCGGCUGGAGGAUUGGGCGUGAAAUCGCACGCGCUUGUGCGGCCUACCUGAUACCGUGCACGCUCGAACUGGGCGGUAAGAAUCCGCUUGUGGUGGACUGUGCAUCGCUGUCCGAGCGAGACUUGGCUCGGGUUGCCCGAACGACCGCAUGGGCCAAGUUACUGAACGUGGGUCAGACGUGCAUCGCCCCGGAUUAUGUGGUUCUAUGCGGUGCAGACCGGGCACAGGAGGCGUUCUUCAUAGAAGAGAUGUGGAAAUCGAUUGAAGCAUUCUACGGGAGGCCAGUGGAAAACAGCACGACCUUCCCACGGAUCGUGAGCAAGGCACAUACCGCCCGUCUGGCGGACCUGCUCCAACAAAGCCGUGGUGAGGUUGUGUUCGGUGGAACCCACCGAGAGAAUGACUGCUUUUUCACGCCGACCAUUGUGCGCAAUGUGACUCUGGAUGAUGCGCUGAUGGCGGAGGAGAUUUUCGGGCCGAUACUGGUUGUUCUGCAGCCGUGUGCUGGUACCGAACAAGCGCUCGAGGUGAUCGGGAGUCUACCAUCUCCGCUGGUAGUCUAUCUAAUGUCUCGUGACGCUGCUGUGGUGCAGCGUUUUGAACGGGCAUCCACCUCUGGAUCGCUUGUCGUGAAUGAUCUGCUGGGUCAGGUAAUCUCGCCGGGUCUUCCGUUUGGCGGGGUCGGCGCUUCUGGAUACGGCAAGUCCAAAGGUCAAGCGGGGUUCGAUGCGUUCUCGAACCUCAAGAGUGUCCUCUGCAAACCGAUAUGGAUAGAGCGAAUAGCGAGUGAUCGCUACCAUCCACUAACCGCUACCAAGAUCAGUCGUUUUCGUCGCUUAAUCGCGCUCUGA